AUGAAGUUUGCACAGUUCUUCACCGCUGUCAGCACAGCAGGCCUUGCUCUUGCCGCGCCGGGCCCCAAGUCCAAAACCAAGAGAACCUCAGCCUUCCAAUGGUUUGGCUCCAGUGAGUCCGGAGCAGAGUUUGGGAGUGGUAACAUUCCUGGCGUGCUGGGUACAGAUUAUAUCUGGCCCAACACGACUGCCAUUGGUAUCUUGAGGAAAGCAGGGAUGAAUAUCUUCCGUGUGCCAUUUCUCAUGGAGCGUCUCGUUCCCAACAGCAUGACCGGAACCGCUGAUGCGACGUACAUGGCUGAUCUGGUUUCGACCAUCAACUACAUCACGUCCACCGGUGCCCACGCCAUCGUCGACCCGCAUAACUAUGGCCGAUACUACGGCAACAUUAUCAACUCAACCAGCGACUUUGCCGCCUUCUGGACCACCGUCGCCAAGCAAUUCAAGGACAACAGCCUCGUCAUCUUCGACACCAACAACGAGUUCAACACCGAAGACCAAACCAACGUCUUAAACCUCAACCAAGCCGCCAUCAACGCCAUCCGCGCCGCAGGCGCCACAUCCCAAUACAUCUUCGUGGAAGGCAACUCCUGGUCCGGCGCCUGGACCUGGGAAUCCGUCAACGACAACCUGAAAGCCCUCACCGACCCCGUCGCCGGCAAACUCAUCUACGAAAUGCACCAGUACCUCGACAGCGACGGCUCGGGAACCUCGUCCACAUGCGUCUCCUCGACAAUCGGGCAGGAACGCAUCGCGUCCGCGACGUCCUGGCUCAUCGCUAACGGCAAGAAAGCGUUUCUGGGGGAGUUUGCCGGCGGCGCGAAUAGCGUUUGUGCCAGUGCUGUGACCGGGAUGCUGGAUUAUAUGGAGGCAAAUGCGAAUGUCUGGCUUGGGGCGGAGUGGUGGGCUGCUGGGCCUUGGUGGGGGACUUAUAUCUAUAGUAUGGAGCCGCCGAGUGGGCCGGCGUAUGAGUAUUAUCUGUCGAUUCUGUCGCCCUAUUUCCCGGGUGGGAGUUAUACGGCAACGUCGACGGGGACGGGGACGGCCACUGCUACAGCUACUAGCACGAGCACGACGACAGCGGUCACGGCGACGUCGACUGCUGCAGCGCAGCAUUGGGGACAAUGUGGUGGUCAGGGCUGGACGGGGCCGACGACCUGUGUGUCGCCGUAUACGUGCCAGGUGCAGAACGCCUAUUAUUCACAGUGUCUGUAG